AUGGACUCGAUGAACCGAUCAGUUUGCAAGUUUAUUCUAUUUUCAUUUUGCAUCUAUCACGUCUCCGCCGAGUCGAAUAUUAGAAAUCAAUCAAUUUUGGAAAUAGAGACGUCUAGAGAAAACCUCGGAAUAGCUACAAUCACGCCGUUAGCUAGACAAAGCAGGACGUAUAGACAAAGUAAUAGAAGAGGUAAUACCGACUACCAAGACGAUCAGCACGAUUACAACAAUGACGAUAUGAACGAUGACGAGAACGAUCACAGCCACAUGAAGGCGAUAAGUCAACCUAAGGUUGAUUAUUGGGCCGGCUAUUACGACUUUCUAAUAAACGAAGGAAGCUACAAAUUCUGGGCUGUUUUCCAGCUCGCAACUGCGGCUCUGCUAAUCUACAGCGGCUUCGCGGCACUAUAUUAUGCCAAAGUGAAUCCGCCAACCACGGAUGAUUAUUUCGACGAUAUAUUUCGUCGGCGAAAACGCCGCUCAUUUCCACCCGCAGCACGCGACAAGCCCUUCGCCGGAUUCGACGCCAUCACGUUUCAAAGGAUAAUCGAAGCCGCCAUCAACACUGAACAAACGUAUUAA